AUGCAGAUCCGCUCUGGAGUGACAUCCCCAGACUCCAUAACCGACCGCCUCGCUUCGGUUGCAGUAAGCGAGCGCCGCGAGAACAUGAUUGAGCAGGACAUCGACAAGGGAACGCUAGUGGCACCGGGAGGGCCCGCGGCGUCAGUCGCGGCGCAGCAGCACGCGCUGGAAGCGGGAGGGCUGGUGGGGCCUCCAGCCCUGCUGGCGGUGCCAUUCUCCGCGAUACAGCCGCUUGACCUCCUCGGCAGCGGAGAGCUCAAGGCUUCGUUGCGUGGCUCCCAAUGCGCGGAGGAGGACCUGCGGCGCGAGAUUGAGCUGCUCUCGCACACGAGCCACCCCAACAUCGUCCGCUUCCUCGCCCACGGUCUCGACGACCGCGGGGUUCCCUUUUGCUGCCUCGAGCUCUUCUCGCGGCCUCUGAGUGAUUUGCUGCCGACGGCACAGGGGCUGCUCGCGCGCUCGAGGCAGGCGAAGAAGUGGCCGCUCGCACGCGGCCUCUCGGUCGGCCUGCAGCUCGCCCGCGCACUCCGCUACUGCCACGACGACUUUCUGGCCGGCUACCGCCUCCUUCACCGAGACAUCAAGCCGGGAAACAUCGGCGUGACGUCUGACGGCCGGGUGCUGCUCACCGAUUUUGGGCUCGCCACGCUAUGGCGGCGCGCCCAUACGGCGCGGGAUGACGACGAGCAGCGGGCCCUCACGGGCAUGACCGGCUCACUGCGCUACAUGGCGCCCGAGGUCGCGCUGUACAUGCCCUACAACCGCAAGGCGGAGGCAUUCUCCUUCACCUCGGUCCUCUACCAUGUGCUUUCGCGGCGGAGGCCCUUUUCCCACCUCACGCCUGAGCUCUACCUCGAUCGAGUCUGCCGCGGCGACCUGCGCUGCCCGCUCGGCAAGUGGCCGGCCGAGGUGCAAGCCCUCAUGUCUGCGGGCUGGGCGUCGGAGCCGUCACAGCGCCCGGACUUCGCGCAGAUCGUGUCCAUCCUGGAGCGGGCGCUGGAGAGGCUGUCUUCGUAG